AUGGUCAAGUUCUGCACCAACUGUGGCGCUCAAAACGCCGGUGGCAAGUUCUGCUCUGAGUGCGGCUCACGACUUGCUGAUGACGAUCGUUCGCUGUCUUCAUCUUAUAUGUCCAGUGCUUCCAGUGCUCCCUCUGCCAUGCCUUUGGCCUCGUCUUUCGGAGCAGCUACUGCCGCAUCAGCUUUUCGUAGCGAUAGCUCGCCGUAUGGAGGCAAUUCGUAUCAGCAUAGCCCACUGAAGAAUACGUUUAAUGGGUCAAUGUCACAGCCUCCUCCUCCACCUCCUCCUCAGCCAUAUAUACCCGAACCAGUACCCACCACCUUCCGAUCCAGUUUUAACAACAAUAGUACGUCUUUUGCCCCCAUUUUAGUGACUUCGGAUCCCGUUCCACCGGCUGCAACAGGAGUCGAAGCAAAUCAAUAUUACGAACGAUGUGUUAGCACAAUACGAGAUUCAAAAGGAGGGAAUAACGAGAUAGGCGUGAAACAAUUUAAGCAAAAUUGCCGAAAAUAUGGUCUGAAAGAAAUGGAUGUUCAGGCAUUUUAUGCAUCGCUUGUGACAGAAUUGGGAGUAGAAGGCACGAGCAGCUUUGUGCCAACACUUGCAAGACUUGUACCAGAUGAUGAUCGGCGAAAAGAACUUGUGGAGUAUAAUGCGCAACAGCGAGGAGGCUUUGGUGGCAGUACUAAUGGCACGAAUGACAGACAGCUAGCUCUUGUGUCUAGAAGCUCAAGCUUUAGAGAUUCUUUUCGUGGUGACUUAAUGCGAAGAUCCAGUACUGGCUCGCAGAGUAAAGGUCUUUUGAAUAACCGCUAUGCCGAUCAUCCAAACUGCGAUGUGUGCAAUGUACGCUUUGAUGUGACCAAAAGACGCCACCAAUGUCGUAAAUGUGGAUUGUAUGUUUGCAGCUCCUGUUCGCCUGUCCGACUAUUAGUGCCCCCUGAAAUGGUGAUUGAAGGAGCUAAGAAUUACGAUCCAUCGCUUCCACAACGAGUGUGUAUUCAAUGUGCACCGAUACUUCAUCCACUUCAGGACGGAUUAGUUGCUAAAUAUGCUCAGUCUCAGACUGACAAUUUCCACGAGGCACGUGGUCGCUUACAUAUUCCAUUCUCGAGUUCCUUGAACAAAGAAUGUUGCAAUGCUGCCGAUAUUAUUGGUAAUUUUUUUCGUGGGGAUUGGGCUUCGUCUGCCGAUCAAGCCGUUCCCGUGGCAUUCUUGCAAAAGGCACAUGGUCUCGCAAUUAUGACUGUCAUAAAGGCUGGUUUUCUUGUAUCGGGCAAAAUUGGCACAGGGCUUGUAAUUGCAAAGUUACCUGACGGUUCGUGGUCUGCACCAUCAGCUAUUGGAACGUUUGGCCUUAGUGGUGGGUUUGAACUUGGUGGUGAAAUUGUUGAAGUGAUGAUUAUUCUUGGUACGGAAGGAGCGGUAAAGGUCUUUCACAAACCGCAAGUGAAUCUUGGUGCUGGGCUUGACAUCACGGUGGGACCAUAUGGACGUGUUGCACAAGCCGCAGCAUCAGCUAGUGCAAGUGGGCUGAACGCCAACUAUAGUUACUCGCAGAGCAAAGGAUUGUUUGCUGGCAUUUCAUUGCAAGGAGCCAUUCUUGCUGCACGCUCGGAUCUGAAUCGAAAAUUUUAUGGUCGUGACUUGCAGCCAAGCGAAUUGCUAAGCGGCUAUGUGGCACAACCGGUUGCAGCGCGUCCAUUGUAUGAAGCGAUUGACAAUGCAAUGCGAGGUGUUGAAAAUCAUCAUAUGGUAAAAAAUCGCCGUGCGUCUAUGAUGGGGCCUUGUCGACUGUGCAAUUGCCCUGUGUUCCAGGCACAUACAGCACAGGGAUCUGACUGCUUCAAUUUUACGCCAAUAUCUACUGACUUACUUUACGCCUCAUUCAAUACAAAUUAUGAAUUGUUUUUCUGCGUUUAUCAUCUUGUUUAG